AUGUCUUUUCUAAUCGACGCAUACAAAGACGGUUUCUCGGCGGAGCAGAAUCCAUUCACACCUAAAGCAUCUCUAGUCCGUUACUGGAACAAAGAGAUCCGUAGCGAAUCUCCCAGAUCGGAGUUUUUAAUCUCCAAAGCCUCGCCACUCAACGUCGUCGACUCAACCACUUUCUCCAAACCCGCCACCACCAACUCGCUCCCAACUCGGUUUCCCGAUUUCUGCUCCGCCGCUAACAUCUUCUGUUUCCCCGAUUUAGGAACGAGUCUCGAGAAACACGACGAAGAUGUCAAGUUCUCCACUUACGACCAAAAGAACUUCACUAACUAUGGUAGUGGUCGUCCCGAAGGAGACGAAUCGUUCAAGUACUACGCCAAAGACGGAAACGUCGUAACAGACUCAUUCCGGAGAUACAGCCAUAACAGCGCAGCACACGACGAUAAGUUCACCGUCUACGGGGAAAACAGCAAUGUCAUCGACCAAGGAUUCAACGUUGUCGACAUUGUUAUGUUCUCUCAAAUGAGAAAACCCCUAAAUUAUGAAAACCUCAAGAGUCGAGAUUUACCAAUGGAACAAGCCUUUUAUUUUGUUUCUCAAAACGACGUCGUUUCUUACGUGGCUUCCACGUAA